CGCUUCAUCCCUCUCGAAGUAAACUGUCAAGCCACCAUCCUAUCUUUUUUUCCCUUGCUCCUUUUUCCCUCUGCAAGAUCGUCUCAAGUCGCCAUUACUUUGUGCAUUUCUGCUGCGAAAUACCGGAUACCAUUUGUAGCAUAUUCCACCAUGUUUAUCAGACAAUCAUCGAGGCUUCCUAGCCAAUUGGCUAGGCAAGCGGCUUCCCGUCAGUUCUCCACGCGAGCUGCGCUUCGGCAAGAGAUUCGGGACGCAUACAUUAUCAGUGCCUCGAGAACACCGACAGCGAAGUUCAAUGGCUCAUUCACGAGUGUAACUGCGCCGCAGCUGGGCGCCGUCGCUAUCAAGUCCGCAAUCGAAAAGUCCAAAGUCCCCGUCGACAAGAUCACCGAUGUGUACAUGGGUAAUGUCCUGCAAGGAUCUGUUGGGCAGGCGCCGGCUCGCCAGGCUCUGAUCUUUGCCGGCCUCCCGUCUAGUGUGGAAGCGAUCACCAUCAACAAGGUCUGCGCAUCCGGCAUGAAAGCCGUCGUUUUUGCCGCACAAAACAUCCAGCUCGGUCUGUCGGAGGCGCAGGUUGCUGGUGGCAUGGAGAACAUGACGAGGGUGCCUUACUACGUGCCCCGCGCUUCUAGCCUGCCGCCAUUCGGGCAUGUCCAGAUGGAGGACGGCCUGAUCAAGGACGGGUUGACUGACGUCUACGACAAAUUCCACAUGGGCAACUGCGCCGAGAACACGGCUAAGAAGUACGAGAUUUCUCGCGAGAUGCAAGACGAGUACGCUAUCGAGUCCUACAAGCGCGCUCAGGCUGCGUGGAAAGCCAACGCCUUUGCCGAGGAGAUCGCUCCUGUUACUGUUCGCGGAAGGAAGGGCGACACAGUCAUUGAGUCUGAUGAGGGAUACCUCGACGUCAAGUUCGACAGGGUACCUACUCUGAAGCCGGCCUUUGUGCGCGACGGUACCGGCACUGUCACUGCUGCCAACUCCUCCACGCUGAAUGACGGUGCCAGUGCACUUGUUUUGGGCAGCAAGGAGAUUGCGCAAAAAUACGGUUCCGGUUCUCGAGUGCUGGCAAAGAUCUGCGGCUCGGCCGACGCCGCGGUUGAUCCUAUCGACUUCCCCAUCGCUCCAGCCAAGGCAGUACCCAUUGCACUUGAGAGAGCGGGUAUCACCAAAGACCAAGUCGCCGUAUGGGAGUUCAACGAAGCUUUUGCCGCUGUCAUUAAGGCAAAUGAAAAGAUUCUCGGAUUGGAGGGUGCUCGAGUUAACCCUCUCGGCGGAGCGAUCUCCCUCGGCCACGCCCUGGGUAGCUCCGGAUCACGAAUUAUCGUCACUCUGCUGCACCAGCUGAAGCCUGGCGAAUACGGUGUUGCAGCCAUCUGCAACGGAGGCGGCGCGGCCACGGCGAUCGUCGUGCAGCGUGUCGAGUCCGUGUAAUUGGCCAUGUGUCCGUCGUCGCGGGUAGGCUUCCUGGCAGCGUCUAGGCCGGGUGGAAAAGGGAAGUGGCAUGCACAAGAUGCUUAGCUUCAUGCGCGACUUGGAAGCUACUUUCCGCCCAGGUUAGGAUAAUCAAAGCGGAUUCGGCGCGUCAUAUGAGAAGGCGUAAAUUGUGAAAAGUUGAAUUCAAAUGGAAGAGCAGACUGUGCUCGGAUGCUUUUGGAAAUGCGAUAUCCCAUGUAGAAAACUUGACGAAGAUCAUCCGUAAA